GGCUGAGGAUGGCAGAGGCGGGGGCCCUGCCCACAGGCUUCGGCGAGCUCGAGGUGCUGGCUGUGGGAGUGGUGCUGCUGGUGGAAGCUCUCUCCGGUCUCAGCCUCAAUAGCCUGACCAUCUUCUCUUUCUGCAAGACCCCAGAGCUGCGGACUCCCUGCCACCUGCUGGUGCUGAGCGUGGCUCUUGCGGACAGUGGGAUCAGCCUGAAUGCCCUCGUUGCAGCCACAUCCAGCCUCCUCCGUGUCUCCCACAGGCGCUGGCCCUACGGAUCAGACGGCUGCCAGGCUCACGGCUUUCAGGGCUUUGUGACCUCAUUGGCCAGCAUCUGCGGCAGUGCAGCCAUCGCCUGGGGGCGCUAUCACCACUACUGCACUCGCAGCCAGCUGUCAUGGAGCACGGCCAUCUCCCUGGUGCUCUUCGUGUGGCUGUCUUCUACCUUCUGGUCAGCCCUGCCCCUCCUGGGUUGGGGCCACUAUGACUAUGAGCCGCUGGGGACCUGCUGCACCCUGGACUACUCCAAGGGGGACAGGGCUGCCAGCCACUUGGAGCGAGCUGAUGCCUCCUGUGAUGCUUUAUUCCAGGUGAACACCACUCUGCCAGUCAGGACGCUGCUGCUCGGCUGGGGUCCCUAUGCCCUCCUGUAUCUAUAUGCAGCCUUCGCUGAUGUGACUUCCAUCUCCCCCAAACUGCAGAUGGUGCCCGCCCUUGUUGCCAAAAUGGUGCCCACGAUCGACGCCAUCAACUAUGCCCUGGGCAGUGAGACGGUCCGCAGGGGAAUCUGGCAGUGCCUCUCGCCACAGAGGAGCGAGCGGGACCGAACCCAGUAGCCUGUCGCCCUGGACAGAGCCCCAUGCCAGGAGGCCGCCCCAGAAAUCCUGUGCAGCAGCCUCAAAAGCCAAACCCCAGACACUCAACCACCAUCCCCAAUGGCCCUGUUGAGCCUGGCUGACCACAGGGACUCAGAGAGACACCAGGCUGCGCAGAAGGACCUGGGACUCUAGAGCCAGAUGGACCUGAGUGUCUGUCAUAGCCCUCCACCUGGAGGCUAAGAGACCUUGGAAAAGUCUCUCUUUCCAAACUGAGCUUCCUGACCCCUAAUGUAAAGAUGAUCAUAUGAACUUCUCGGGGUUGUUGUGAGGCUUGAACAAAAUAACAUGCACUCACCAACCACAUAGAAAAUGCUCAUUAAACAGAGCUGCUUGCAUAAACCUUGGCCAUGCCCUCCAGGGACUCAGUCUCACAUGGGAAGGAGUCAAAGCCCUGGGGUUUGCCUGUGGGAGCCCAACCCAGGCUCUCAGUGCUCAAACACCAUUUAUUAAAUCACGAUCUGGCACCAGUGAA